AUGCGACGUGCCAGAGAUGGGUAUCAAUAUCAGCCAGUGCCAAGAGUGGCAACAGAUGAUGCACUGGAAUUUGAUAACAAUCGGAUGGCAGAAGAACUAAGUGACAAAAUUUCUUCACUCAAAGGCAUAUCUAUUGAGUUGGGCAAUGAAGUACGUUAUCAGGAGAAGUUAUUACGUGGUCUCGAUGAUGAUGCUGACAGGAGUGUUGGGUUUCUUGGAAAAACUAUGGGCCGUGUUCUAAGACUGGGCAAGGGAAAUCAUAACUACUACAUAUUCUACCUGUUUCUAUUUGCAAUAUUUGUUUUCUUCUUACUCUAUAUUGUGUUAAAAUUUAGGUGA